CCAGGGGCUCUCCGUGCGCCCGGGGCCGUGGGUAGUCCCGGGUGGGGACCGCUUCGGAGGGAGGCGCCGCGGGGGAGGCCUCAAUGUCAGCGUAGGGAGAGCGAGGCGGGGACGGCGGGGGCGGGCAGAGGCGAGUGUGGUCGGGAUGGGAGGGCGGGAUUCGUGACCCGACGCCGAGAGAGAGGACGGCCGAGCGGGAGUCAACAGUGGUCUUCCUGCAGAACUGCCUCUUCUGUUUGCUGCCUGGAGUUAACAUUGUUUCCUGCUGGCAGAAUCAGGGACAUGCCAGCACUAGCGGGAUGAGUGGGUGUUCCGGCGGGGAUGUGGUCACUGACGGCCAAUGAGGACGCGAGCACUACGGCCCACUUCUUCCUCGGAGCUGGAGAUGAGGGCUUGGGCACCCGUGGAAUAGGCAUGAGGAUGGAAGAGAGUGACAGUGAGCUCCUUGAGGACGAGGAGGAUGAAGUGCCUCCAGAACCUCAAAUUAUUGUUGGCAUCUGUGCCAUGACCAAGAAAUCUAAGUCCAAGCCGAUGACCCAAAUCCUAGAGCGGCUCUGCAGGUUUGACUACCUGACUGUUGUCAUCCUGGGAGAAGAUGUCAUCCUCAACGAACCUGUGGAGAACUGGCCGUCCUGCCACUGUCUCAUCUCCUUCCACUCCAAAGGCUUUCCUCUGGACAAAGCUGUUGCUUACUCCAAGCUUCGAAACCCCUUCCUUAUCAAUGAUCUGGCCAUGCAGUAUUACAUCCAAGAUAGGAGGGAGGUGUACCGGAUCCUUCAGGAGGAAGGUAUUGAUCUGCCGAGAUAUGCUGUACUCAACCGUGACCCCGCUUGUCCCGAGGAGUGCAGCCUGAUAGAAGGGGAAGACCAGGUGGAGGUCAACGGGGCUGUCUUCCCUAAGCCCUUUGUGGAGAAGCCAGUGAGUGCAGAGGACCACAAUGUUUACAUCUACUACCCCAGCUCCGCUGGAGGAGGGAGCCAGCGCCUCUUCCGGAAGAUUGGCAGCCGGAGCAGUGUCUACUCCCCCGAGAGCAGCGUCCGGAAGACAGGAUCAUACAUCUAUGAGGAGUUCAUGCCAACAGAUGGCACAGAUGUUAAGGUGUAUACAGUGGGGCCAGAUUAUGCCCAUGCUGAAGCGAGAAAGUCUCCAGCUCUGGAUGGGAAGGUGGAACGGGACAGUGAGGGGAAAGAGGUUCGCUAUCCAGUCAUGUUGACGGCCAUGGAAAAGCUGGUGGCCAGGAAGGUCUGCGUGGCUUUUAAGCAAACAGUUUGUGGCUUUGACCUUCUUCGUGCCAACGGUCACUCCUUUGUGUGCGACGUCAAUGGCUUUAGCUUUGUCAAGAACUCGAUGAAAUAUUAUGAUGAUUGUGCCAAGAUUCUGGGGAACACCAUUAUGCGGGAACUUGCCCCACAGUUCCAGAUACCAUGGUCCAUCCCCACAGAAGCUGAGGACAUUCCCAUUGUCCCUACCACGUCUGGCACCAUGAUGGAGCUCCGCUGUGUCAUUGCGAUUAUCCGUCACGGAGAUCGCACUCCAAAGCAGAAGAUGAAGAUGGAGGUGACGCACCCGAGGUUUUUUGCUCUAUUUGAAAAACAUGGUGGAUACAAGACGGGAAAAUUAAAACUUAAGCGACCUGAGCAGCUCCAGGAGGUGCUGGACAUUACGAGGCUGCUGCUGACUGAAUUGGAGAAAGAACCAGGCAUUGAGAUUGAGGAGAAGACUGGGAAACUGGAGCAGCUGAAGUCCGUGCUGGAGAUGUAUGGCCACUUCUCAGGGAUCAAUCGGAAGGUGCAGCUGACUUACUACCCCCACGGAGUGAAAGCUUCGAAUGAGAGCCAAGAUCCACAGAGAGAAGCCCUGGCACCAUCUCUCUUGCUGGUACUGAAGUGGGGCGGAGAGCUGACUCCCGAUGGCCGUGUUCAGGCCGAGGAGCUGGGGCGAGCCUUUCGCUGCAUGUACCCUGGAGGCCAGGGUGACUAUGCCGGCUUCCCUGGCUGUGGGCUGCUCCGUCUCCACAGCACUUUCCGUCAUGACCUCAAGAUCUACGCAUCUGAUGAGGGUCGCGUCCAGAUGACUGCUGCUGCUUUUGCGAAGGGCCUCCUGGCUCUAGAAGGGGAGCUCACACCCAUUUUGGUGCAAAUGGUGAAGAGUGCCAACAUGAAUGGGCUGCUGGACAGCGACAGCGACUCUUUGAGCAGCUGCCAGCACCGCGUGAAGGCGCGGCUGCACCACAUCCUGCAGCAGGACGCACCCUUUGGCCCCGAGGACUAUGACCAGCUGGCCCCCACUGGCAGUACUUCUCUGCUCAACUCCAUGUCUAAAAUCCAGAAUCCUGUGAAAGUCUGUGAUCAGGUGUUCGCCCUGAUUGAAAACCUUACCCACCAGAUUCGGGAGCGGAUGCAGGACCCCAGCUCUGUAGACCUGCAACUCUACCACAGUGAGACACUGGAGCUAAUGCUGCAGCGUUGGAGCAAGCUCGAGCGUGACUUUCGACAAAAGAGCGGCCGCUAUGACAUCAGUAAGAUCCCCGAUAUCUACGACUGUGUCAAGUACGAUGUACAACACAACGGAAGUCUGGGACUUCAAGGCACAUCCGAGUUGCUACAUCUUUCAAAGGCUCUGGCCGAUGUGGUCAUCCCGCAGGAGUAUGGGAUCAGUCGAGAGGAGAAAAUGGAAAUUGCUGUGGGCUUCUGUCUGCCACUGCUGCGGAAAAUCCUACUUGACCUGCAGAGAACCCACGAGGAUGAGUCUGUCAACAAGCUGCAUCCCCUGUACUCCCGUGGGGUGCUCUCUCCAGGCCGCCAUGUUCGGACACGUCUCUAUUUCACCAGUGAGAGUCACGUUCACUCCUUACUCAGUGUCUUCCGUUAUGGGGGACUUCUUGAUGAGACCCAGGACGCACAAUGGCAGCGAGCUUUGGCUUAUCUUAGUGCCAUCUCAGAGCUCAACUACAUGACCCAGAUUGUUAUCAUGCUCUAUGAGGACAACACGCGGGACCCAUUGUCAGAGGAGCGGUUCCAUGUGGAGCUGCAUUUCAGCCCUGGAGUGAAAGGUGUGGAAGAAGGCAGUGCCCCAGCUGGCUGCGGAUUUCGUCCAGCCUCUUCGGAGAACGAGGAGAUGAAAGCAGAUCAAGGCAGCAUAGAAAACCUAUGCCCGGGCAAGGCCGCAGAUGAACCAGACCGAGCAUUGCAGACCUCACCCCAGCCUGUUGAGGGCACUGGCCUCCCAAGGAGAUCACCCCUCAUUCGGAAUCGAAAAGCUGGCUCCAUGGAGGUGCUGUCUGAAACUUCAUCUUCGAGACCUGGUGGCUACCGGUUGUUCUCAUCUUCACGGCCACCGACCGAGAUGAAGCAGAGCGGCCUCGGCUCACAGUGCACAGGGCUGUUCAGCACCACAGUGCUGGGUGGCUCCUCCAGCGCUCCGAAUCUUCAGGACUACGCCCGCAGCCAUGGCAAAAAGCUCCCGCCUGCCAGUCUAAAGCACCGAGAUGAGCUCUUGUUUGUCCCGGCCGUAAAACGAUUUUCUGUGUCGUUUGCAAAGCAUCCGACUAACGAGCUGCUGGAUGACCAGCACCCUGUGGUCCGGUUGCUGCGCACUUUUUCCUCUGACUGCCCAAGGGGCUGGCCAGUCUCCUUGGAUGCCACGCUGGCGCACCACCUGCACCAGUGCUCCUACCACCUGCGCCUCUUCCGGAACUGGCUGCGCUCAGGCCAGGAUGACCCCGAGUGCCUCUACGGAUUUGAAGGGUGCUCCAUGGUACCUACCAUCUACCCCCUAGAAACACUACAUAAUGCCCUUUCCUUGCGUCAAGUGAGUGAAUUCUUGACUAAAGUCUGCCAGCGCCACACUGAUGCCCAUGCACAGGCGUCUGCAGCCCUCUUUGACUCUAUGCACAACAACCAGGCCUCAGAUAGCCCGUUCUCCCCACCCCGUGCUCUUCACUCACCACCCCUGCAGCUUCGGCAUCGCUCUGAAAAGCCACCUUGGUACAGCAGUGGUCCCUCCAGCACCGUGUCCAGUGCUGGCCCUUCCUCUCCUACUGCAGUGGAUGGAAACUCACAUUUUGGCUUCAGUGAUCAGUCCUCUGUAAAUACACAUAUGACUGAAGAAAACCAAGGCCUUGGGUUGCUCCAGGGGACUCCUGGAGAUGGAGCACAAGAGUUCCCCGUAGAAAGGCAGCAAGCGCUUCUUGAGCCAACUCAGUCCCCUCAAGAGCCACCUGUAGAAAUCAGCCCUCUAGGAGGUCAAGAUGUUGCCGAGGUCAGCCAGACAUGCCAGGAGGUCCCAGACACCACUCAGACAUGCCAUGACAUCCUUGAGGAGGUCAGCCAGCCUAACCAGGAGGUCCCUGACAUCAGCCAGCUGUUCCUGAAGAACCAUGACACUGCUACCAACACACGUCAGCCAUGCCAGAAGGCCGGCCAGCUAUCUCAGAAAGUUCAUGAGGAAGUUUGCCAACUUUUUCAAGACAACCCUGAAGAGAGUGACCAGCUGUGCCAAGAGGUCCAUGGAUCCCCUGUGGGGCUUGGUAGCAUGGUCCAGGAAACCUUUAUGGAAGAGAUCAGCCCACCAUGCCAGGAGCUGUCUGUGGAGGUUGGCAUGCUGGCUCAGGAGGUUCCCGCCAUCAUGGAGUUGUCUCAAGACAUGCCCGAGGCUGACAAACCAUCCCAAGAGCUCACUCAGGAGACUGGUCUGCAGGCUCAGGAGGUCUCUGAGGAGACUGAUCAGGACUCCAGGAUGGUCCCUGAGGUGGUUGAUGAGCUGCUUAGUGAGGCUAUCCCCCAAGGCCAGGGUCUGUCUAGUGAUGUAAGCACUGAAAGCCAGUCCCCGGCCCACGCCCCGCACUCAUCCCUUCCACCAGCAGUGUGUAAUUAGCUGCUUUCUCGUUUCGCGUCACUCUGCCGGCCAUUUGAGCCAGAACCUUUCUGCUGGUAACACUAGCCAGAGCAAGGCCUGGGCUCACACCAGGGGUAUCUGAGGAAGGAGGCCUUCUGGCAUGAAACACUUCUGCCAGAGCUUAUGCCUAAGGAAGAGCCAGUUUAUGUUCAGAGCAGCUGCUAGCUCUUCACUUAGCCAUGGGGUGGGAAAUCGUAGAUUGUUCUAGGAAAUACCACUUAACUGUUGAAGAUGCCGUUGAGGAGACAGCAAAUAUAAAAUGCAAGGCAGCAGGCUCUCUACUUGUUGAAGGAAAUAUUCACAACUUCUUAAGGUACCCUCAGACCAUAUGUGCAUUAAAGGAAGCUCUUGUCUUCACUGUCACAAGCAGACCCAGGAUAGCCACCUGAAAUGUCUGCAAAAUAGAGUUCCCUUCUCACAAACAUCUGUCAUGGCCACUCACGGUUUAGACUGGGCUUAUGGGUGUUUCCAUAUAAUUGCCAAGUGCUCCCUCUGCCCUAGUCCUGUUCCUCUGGAGAGUGACUCUAGAGAAAAAUAGAUAAUAGAUUGCCAUGCAACUUCAGAGUGACUACUUAGAAUGCUCUGGGAGAUUUGGAUUAACCUAUGAAGCUAGGCCUCCUUUUGUCAAGAGGCUGUUGGGCUUAGAAGAUGCUGUAGUAGAGAGAAUCAAGUUCUAUUUUAAGCAGUUAGCAGAGAUCAAUGUUGUACAGACAUGAGCAAAGAUUUAAUAUAUAUAUAUUAUAUAUAUAUAAACAUAUAUAUUUCUGUAGUUUGCCAGGGACAGACUGGCCAAAGAUCAAACACUCCAGGGUUCCCAAAAGGUUUAUCCUUCUAUCAUGUGUCUUUAGAACCAUAUGUGAUUUUGAAGCUUUUCCCAAAGAUCACGGAUGGGAGUGGGUGUGGGUAAUGCAGUCAUUGGAGUCAGGGGCCGGAACAUGGCAAGUGCUCAAUAAAUAGUAAAUAAUGAGAA